AUGGCGGCGUCGGGCGCCGCGGGGCUGCUGGCGGCGCCCGCCGGGCGGCCCGCGGGCGCGGGCAGCUAUGGCGCAAUGAAGCCGCCGGCCAAUGCUGGCAUCGUCUGCGAAGCAGAGCUGGCCAAGGCCGCCCUCCAGAAGACCGAGCAGAAGGUCUCUGCGCCCCAGAUGGUCUUGAACCUUGUGGCCGGUGGCCUCGGUUCUGGUAUAUUUAGCCUUCCGUGGAGCACUGCCGGCGCGUCGCUGAUCCCGUCGGUGGCGAUCGUCGCUGGGGUCUUGCUCGUCAACGGUUGGACCAUCAUGAUAUUGGUCGAGGCUGCAGAGCGAAAGAACACCUUCGACCUCGGCGGGCUGCUCGCGCACCUGCCUGGCGCGGCUGGCCCGGUCAUGCAGUGGCUGUGCAACGGGCUCGUUUGGCUGUCAGGGUACAUGAGCCUUGUGAGCUACUUCAUCAUUAUUGCUGACUCGAUACUCCCGUUUGCAGCCAGUGCCAGCGUCUUGCAGAACCGGGGCACUGUGGUCUGCCUCGUGGCCAUCGCUGUGGUCCCGCUCAGCUUCAUGAGCCAGCGGGACAUGUCUUGGACGUCGUUGGCCGUGGUCUUGGCCAACUUGUAUAUUUUCGCGCUGCUCGCGCGCCUGUACGAGGUUGACCCCGCGCCAGCGGACGUCUGCAUCCUCGGCUUCUCUCGGGGCAACAUCGCGAUGGUUAGCGCGAUGAUGCAGGCGAUCGUCGUCCAGAUGUGCGUGCUGCCGAUGUACGGCUCCCUGGAGGGGCGCAGCCCCAGGGCGUUCCUUGGAGUACUGGUGACAGGCUUCUCGUGCUUGUUUGCGAUCUUCACAGCCUUCUCCGUGGUGGCGUACCUGACCUUCGGGCCCGAGGUGCACGGGAACGUGCUGGUGGAUCUACCCCACAAUUUCUGGGGCAACUUGGCGCGCCUCGCGGCGUCUCUCAGCGUCCUGGGGGUCUUCCCGCUGAUCCUCAUGCCCAUGAUGGCGCCCAUUCAGGCCUGGCCGCGCCUGCGAGAGCGGGGCGCGCGGUGCAGGGAUGCUGUGACGAACUUGGUCAAGUUUGGUCUCAUCGGUGCUGUCACCGUCGCAGCGUAUUACAUCCACGACCUUGGAUUCAUGAACGUCGUAAACGGGGCGAUGUGCAUAGGCAGAUGCGUUCCUUCACUUGUUGGCUGGCUUGAAUGUGUGGUCGAGAGGGGAGAUUGGGUGCAGAUGGAAGCGCUGGAACACCCGUUUUUUUGUCCCAGGUAG